CAUCGCCCCCCCCUGCCCACCGGCCUGGGCUGUGCCCCCCCUGCAGGAGAAGCAUUUGACAUCAUCCAGGAAUGUGGGAAAAGGUUUAGGAUCGUCUUGGCCAAGCUCCAUCAUCAGAAAAUCCAUCGGGGUGAGAGACCCCAGAGAUGUCCUGACUGCAGGAGAUGGUUUAGAGACAGCUCGGAUCUGGUCCAACGGUGACACCAUCACACAGACACCAUGUCCUACACCUGCCCUGACUGCGGGAAAGGUUUUAGCAGGAGAAGUAAUUUUAUCCUUCAUCAACGGAUCUAUACUGGUUAGAAACCCUUUAAAUGUUCUGAGUGUGGGAAGGGGUUUUCCCAUAGGUCCCAUUUAUCACAGCAUCACCUCAUCCACACGGGAGAGAAGCCCUAUAAGUGUCUGGAGUGUGGGAAGGAGUUUACCCAGAGUUCCCAUUUAUCAGAACAUCACCGCAUCCACACAGGAGAGAAGCCCUAUAAGUGUCUGGAGUGUGGGAAAGAGUUUACCCAUAGUUCCAGUUUAUCAGAGCAUCAUCGCAUCCAUAGAGGAGAGAAACCCUAUAAGUGUCUGGAGUGUGGGAAGAAGUUUACCCAGAGUUCCAGUUUAUCAGAGCAUCACCGCAUCCACACGGGAGAGAAACCCUUUAAAUGUUCUGAGUGUGGGAAGGGGUUUUCCCAUAGUUCCAAUUUAUCACAGCAUCGCCGCAUCCAUACUGGAGAGAAACCCUUUAAGUGUCUGGAGUGUGGGAAGGAGUUUUCCCAGAGUUCCAAUUUAUCACAGCAUCACCGCAUCCAUACAGGAGAGAAACCCUAUAAAUGUUUGGAGUGUGGGAAGGAGUUUACCCACAGUUCUGCAUUGUCACAGCAUCACCGCAUCCAUACAGGAGAGAAGUUGUAUCCCUGCACUCACUGUGGGAAAGCCUUCAACAACAGCACCUCCUGGAUUCGUCACCAACAUGUCCACACUGGGGAAAAGCCCUACACGUGUCCCCAGUGUGGGAAGGGCUUCAGGGAAAGCUCCCACUUGUUGAGACAUCAGCGACUCCAUAGGGGUGAAAGACCCUAAAGCUGCUCCCAGUGUGAGAAGAGUUUUUACCAGAGCUGCGAUCUCAUCUCUCACCACCAGACCCACCUCAGCCAUCACC